AGUGUCUUCCAGGCCAUCACGAUCAGCCCCAGAAACUCUAGAUGGGCAUAAAUGAAAGUGAAAGCUCCCAAGCACAUUGGCUCCUAUAUUUUCUUGUGUUGGAUCCUGCAAAUGCUGGUAAAUAUCAUUUUUCCUAUGUGUAUGACUGGCAAAUGGAGCAACAGAAACAUCACGACAAAGGAUUUGGGAUACUGUGCUGGGGUAGGUAAUAACAAAAUUACACUUUCACUCCUUGCAACAUUGUUGUCAUUCCCUGAUGUUUUAUGCCUGGGGCUCAUGCUCUGGGCCAGUGGCUCCAUGAUUUUUAUCCUGUACAGGCAUAAGCAGCAGGUCCAACACAUUCAUAGGAAAAAUCUUUCGCACAGUUCACCCGAGGCCAGAGCAACCCGAAGACUCCUUGUCCUUGUAAACACCUUUGUAUCAUUUUACACUCUCUUCUCCAUCUUCCAAGUCUGUAUUGCUCUUUUUAAUAAUCCCAGUUGGUUACUAGUGAACAUCUCUGCAUUGGUUGCUGCAUGUUUCCCAACUGUCAGUCCCUUUCUUCUCACGAGCCAUAACGUCAAUGUAAUACAGGCUCUGCGUUGCCUGUGUAAGGAAUGCAAAAGCUACUGA